AGUAUAUCACAGCAAACGAGCAUGAACCCUGACUACAUCUCCACCAAGACAUUGCCCCCUGAGGUAGCGUCGGUCGACAGACAGACCUUGCAGCAAAAUCAGAAGGCAAGAACCUCAGAAUCCUCAAUUCCAUAUUUUCGCAACCCGGAAUCCCUGCCCCCUCGCGGGGGUCGUAGUGGCCGUGGCAAGGGCGGGCAUAGUGGCAUGGGAGGUGGUGGCAGAACUGUAGAUGCCCCACCAGAAAUAAUUGACACGUUUCAGGAGCUCAGUGGAGUCCUAGAUGAAUUGCAUGACAGACGAGAGCGGAUUAUCAAGUUAUCUCGGGAUAUUACGAUUUGCAGUAAACGAAUGAUUUUCCUUCUACACAGAAUAGCUGGUAUAAAUCGGUCUAAAAUACUAGCUGAAGCGAGAGAUAAGCAGAAAGAAAUCAUUCGAUUAUUUGAUCAAGUUGCUGCAGAAUUGAAAGGAAAUGAUUUUUAUAGACAUCAUCGCUCCAUCGGUCCAGGCUGCGAAGAGUUCAUCGAAGCAGCGUCCUUCCUAGUAUACGUAGAGAGAGGGGAGCUGGCGACAAAGGACGAGUUGCAGAAACUAUUGGUGAACGAAGAAGGAAAGCAGAUCCUAGAGAUUGCUGAUGAAGACUAUAUCCUGGGCCUUGCAGAUCUAACAGGGGAACUCAUGAGAUACUGCAUCAACUCGGUCGUACGGGGUGAACACCAAGUUGCAGAGGACAUUUGUCAUUUUUUGCGAACAAUGAAGAACGAAUAUGAGAUCAUCGAUUAUCCACCGGCGAAAAAAAAGAUGUCCACCAUGAGAAGUAGCCUUUGGAAAGUGGAGAACGCCUGUUACGCUUACAAAGUUCGAGGCGCUGAGCGCCCAUCGCAAUAUUUCGUUGACGAAUUGCAAAGAGGAGAGAGCUACGGAUAUCGCGGAUGGGAGGACGAGGGCCCUUUGGACGCUGAACGCCUCUAUUGAGGAUCAAUCCCUGUACAUUAUUGACCAACUGCAAAAUUCUCCAGUAUAUAUUGACACAAAAUGAACCAUUACAAAUUUUGGGUGAAAGCAUCCAAAGAAGUAGUUUUAUACACACGACCGAUGCUAUAUGCUCAUGGGGUGGGGGUUUAUAUACAAGGAUUUCCGCAAAUAUAAUUUGCACGCAAUAGAAGAAUACGCC